GUCCACUGCGCUCAUGCUAUCAGUGAGGGAGAAUUAAAUGCCGUGGGGAAAAUUAUGUGAAACGGGAGAAUAAUAAAAUAUAAUGGGACCAUUAAAUACAGGCAUUAAGGGAUGGAGCAGUUUUACACUAUGAGCGGUCUAAUACCCAAGGCGACAACGGGACUGGAUCGAGGAUGUCUUGUAAUGUAAGGCAACAAGGCUCAGCAUCUACAGCCCAUCUACGCUGGAAAUACGAGAUGAACGCAGGCUGGAUUGGACCCGGCGGAAGAUGGUGAAAUUUGCGACUGAGUGCCCCUUUCUGGAUGAAACCUCCUCGGCUGUUUUCACGUCUCCUAAGCCCAUAUGUCGCCUCCUGCACGGUACUCUGCCUGGCCUCUGUACCGCUGUGUGGGAACGGACACAGACCACCUUUUUAUACAAGUAAUGCUUUGCAGUGCUGUUAACAGGAUAAAUUGAAAGCCCAUAUGCGCGCGCGUUAUCAGCAUUUAAUUAUCAUGUAACAUUCACUCAACCUGGAAACCUUAGAUGUAGAUUUUAGCACAUGUGAUCCCUGCAUUAUCUCCUUAAUAAUCAGCUGAUACUAAAUGUAUUCCAUAUAUUUUAAAGAUUCAACAAACCGCGGAACAUCGCUCUAUUUAGACUUUUGCCUCAGGGUUUACUGGCUAUCGAUACUCGUCAAGAUGCAUGCAAAUGUGGUUUCUCCACCUUCACAGCUUCGCUGGAAUGAUACUUGUUUUAUUCAGCUGCUUUUCCUGUAGAGACUUGCAAUGACAAGCUGUCAAGUCCACAUAAAUCCAAGCGCAAGUUGAUGAACUAGACUGGCCGACCUCGGCGGUGGGAUCAGAACCAAAUUAAGCUGUGUCUCACAGACAGCGGAAACUAGGAUCAUCUCCCGUCCUUGUGUUGGCAGAGCACCGCAGCCUGAAACGGAACAUUCCUCUCGGGUAUUUUGUCGGAUAUUAUACAGAACUUGAAGCUGAGCUGUAAACAUCUUCAUGUUGUGGCAACUGAAGGUAAAGCAGCGCCUUGAAAACUCUUUCUGGAAACAUCUUCCCUUUAUUCGUGUGUUUUUUUUUUCUUUUUUUCAGGUUAAUUUCUGAAGUUCAUGUGAGUUCUCUUUUUUCGUAUGGAAAUCCAAAAUUCUGUUCAUACCAGAAGAGGUCUUAUCUGUGAGAAAGCCCUUCCCAAUGAUUUCAAACAUGAGAUUUUAUCCAGUGGGUGAAACGCAGCUGGGGUGUUUGACCGGUAAACCUCCACAGCAGCUGCUAGUCAGGCUGCAUGUCUGAAAGAUGAGACUUGGAUAUUAGCAUACUUGUAGUUUUGCCAACACCCUUCCCAGAAAAUGCAAUGCAUUGAUUCCCCCCUGUGCACAUAUUUGAAAUAACUCAAGAUCCAUGCCACUAUUGAUCACUAUUAGCUGUCUUUAAGGACCAUGAUGCUGUUGUGAUGUCCUGGAUGAACCUUGAACUAUUUGUUCACCGAGAUGCUGACUGACUUCACUACACACAUUUUCCUGCUCUCGCUGAUCUUCUGAGCAUGUGCAAAGGGAAGAGGAACCAGGCAUGAGACUGCACAGACUGGAGAGAUGUGUCAGAAGGAACGCAGGAGGAAUUAUGAAUGGCACUGUGGAAGACAUGGUGCAGACUGUUACAAGCUUAAAGUCUACAAAAGAGAUAAUUAUAAACCUUUGCUUUGAGAAAAUUGUAUUUUGAAUACCCUGAAUUGGAAUCAGCACUCCACACACCAAAUUACUAUUUUAAUUGAGAACUUCUUCCCCCCAUGCACUGUGGGAAAUCUACCCCGAUCUGCACACUUGGCCACCUGCGGAUUACACUUAUUUCUGAGUACCCUUAUCUUUGAUUCUCUGUUGCUGGGUUUUUUAUUUGUUUAUAUUCUAGCAGUGGAAAGAAAUGCUUCCUGUGUGAAGCAGAAAGUUGUCAACAGGAAGUUCACCGCAAAUGCUAAUACACGAUUUAGGUUGCUUUUGUGGUCCAAACAACCCCUUUUACCCUCUUUACAAUCAGAGUAUUUGGCUGAAUACAACUGUGGACCCCUUGUCAACUUUUGUGCUCUAGGGAAAAAAACAAAACAAACAGAUCCCCCUCUUAGAGAGCAUUCAGAGACUAUUUCCCUAUCGCCGUGGUGAUGGGGAGCUCGGCCUCGUCUCUCACUGCAGAGACUGAGUCGGACCAUGGCUUCCGCAGCACCCCCUACCCAUCGUCACCCCCUGUGGGCUGGCUUAGGAACAGCCACAGCAGCCCGGUGUGGGGAACCACCUUCAUCACACGUCAGCAGCAGCACCCGCUGCCUCAUCGAGAGCGCAGCCACUCUCACUCUCCUGGCUCCAUGGCAGCAGCAGUACGAGGCAGUGAGUGGUCAUGUGGACGCUGCACCUUCUUAAAUGCCGGCGCGGCACCUCGCUGUUCCAUCUGUGAGGCACCUCGACAAAAACCCGACCUUAACCAGAUCCUGCGGCUGAGCAGCACCGAGGAGCACCGCUGGGCCUGCCCCCGUUGUACCCUCAACAACCCCCAGGGAUCUGGAGCCUGCUCCGUCUGUGGCUUCGGACCAUCUCCUGCCACUCACACACCCCCGACCACCACCAUCGCCGCCACUGCCAACGGCCUCCCACCUGCUCCUACCGAACCCCCAACACCUACCAUCACCCCCACGGUGCUACUAGAACCUCAUGGACAGCAUCCGGUUAAGGAGGAAGUGCUGCGACGGUCAGAGAGCAAUGGAGAGGUGUGCGGCCUGGAGGUGCAGCACUCGGGCUGGGCUUGCCCUCGCUGCACACUUCACAACACACCAGUGGCACUGUCAUGCUCAGCCUGUGGUGGACCCAGGAAACUGUCAUUGCCUAAAAUCCCCCCCGAGGCACUGGUGGUGCCUGAGGUGCGCACACCUGUGCUGGGGUUUCCUGUGCACACAUCAGGGGCUGCCCCGCUACUCAUAGACCUAACAGAUGACUCUCCCCCACCACCUCCAUGUGAUCCUCAAGAACCUCCCCAUGUGUCCUCACAGUCCCUCUCCUCCCCUUUCACUUCUUUUUCCUCCCUCCAGAAUAACCCUGUACCACGCAGCAGGAGAGAGGUGCCCCCUCCAGGGCGCCCGCCAAACCCAGGCACCAACACUCCCAGUCCCACUUCCCCUUCAACUGCCAGCGUGCCACCCCAGCCCGGCCCACAGCGACCAGCCAAGCCCAAACAUGCCCAACCCCAGGAACCCUCAUACCCUAGUAAGCGCCUCAGUAUCUUGGAGGAAGAAGACCCCCAACAUCACCCACUGACCCCCCACCUCCCUGUUGCUUCCUCAGCAGUCCCCACCUGGAAGUGCCCUAGCUGCUCCUUGCCCAACCCAGGUAGCUCUUCCAAGUGUGAGGCCUGCCGAUCAUCGCGGGUUGGUACUGACCUCAUCGACCUGGUAGGCUGUGAGACGGUACGCUUCACCCCAGCCAGCCCCUCUAGCCCAGACUUUAGCACCUGGGCCUGCUCCAAGUGCACCCUGCGCAACCCUACAGGUGCACCCAAGUGCUCAGCCUGCGGUUCCUCCAAACUGCACGGCUUUCAGGAGCAGCAAGCGCCCCUGCCCCGCUGCUGCCCGCAAUGUGGCCUCCCACUGGGGCCCGGCACGACAUGCUCCUGUACACCUUCCUCCUCCUCUUCAUCCUCCUCUGGUCAUAAAACACGGAAACAGGCCCGAGGUUUCUCCUCCUCCUCUUCUGCUAUCGCUUCUUCUAGUUCCUCCUCCACCUCAUCUAGCCUUCAGGAGAGGAUAGGACAGUGGAGUUGCCCAGCAUGUACGCUGCUUAACGACACAAAGGCCAAGAACUGUGCAGCGUGCCACACACCCCAGCAGUACCUCACCCUUCGCAAGGUUGUUAAGCCUCUGAAGAGGAGAGAAAGCAUGCAUGUAGAGGCCCGUCGACGAAAUGACGAGGGUGAGGCCAAGGAGCUCUGGGAGAACAUUGUCAGCUUUUGCAGAGAGAACGCUGUGAACUUUGUGGAUGACAGUUUCCCCCCGGGACCUCGCUCUGUGGGCUUCCCCGAGGGUGACAGCGUCCAGCAGCGUAUCAAAAAGUGGCUCCGCCCCCACGAGAUCAACUGCAGCAACUUCAAAGACCGGGGCGUCAAGUGGUCCGUCUUCCGUACGCCGCGACCCUCUGACAUUCUGCAAGGCCUGCUGGGAAACUGCUGGUUCCUGAGUGCGCUGGCGGUGCUGGCGGAGCGUCCGGAGCUGGUGGAGAGGGUGAUGAUCACCAGGACUAUCUGCCAAGAGGGAGCCUACCAGGUCCGGUUAUGCAAAGACGGGACGUGGACCACGGUGCUGGUGGACGACAUGCUGCCCUGCGACGACUACGGCUACCUCCUCUUCUCCCAGGCCCAGAGGAAGCAGCUAUGGGUGGCGCUGAUUGAGAAGGCCCUGGCCAAACUCCAUGGCUCCUACUUUGCCCUGCAGGCAGGGCGCGCCAUCGAGGGCCUGGCCACACUGACGGGGGCUCCCUGCGACUCCCUGAUGCUGCAGGUCAGCUCCACCAACCCGAGGGAGGAACCCAUCGAUACAGACCUCAUCUGGGCCAAGAUGCUCAGCUCCAAGGAGGCCGGGUUUCUAAUGGGUGCGUCUUGCGGAGGAGGCAACAUGAAGGUAGACGAUGUUGUCUAUGAGUCUCUGGGUCUGCGGCCUCGCCACGCCUAUUCCAUCCUGGAUGUACGAGACGUCCAGGGUUACAGGCUGUUGCGACUACGUAACCCGUGGGGUCGCUUCUCGUGGAACGGCAGCUGGUCGGACGAGUGGACAGAUUGGCCGCAGCACCUGCGUCACGAGCUGAUGGCUCACGGCAGCAGCGAGGGGGUCUUCUGGAUGGAGUAUACUGACUUUAUAAAGUACUUUGACUCAGUGGACAUCUGUAAGAUCCACUCAGACUGGCAGGAGGUGAGGCUACAGGGCUGUUUCCCCAGCAAAGCCAGCGGGCCGGUCACAGUCACAGCCCUCACUGUGCUGGAGAGGACGGCGUUAGAGUUCGCUCUCUUCCAGGAGGGAAGCAGGCGCUCAGACACGGCCGACAGUCACCUGCUGGACCUGUGCAUCAUGGUGUUCCGCGCUUCCUUCGGCAGCAGCAACAAACUGACCCUGGGCCGCCUGUUGGCCCACAGCAAGCGAGCGGUGAAGAAGUUUGUGGGCUGUGAUGUGAUGCUGGAGCCGGGGGAGUAUGCUGUUGUCUGUUGCGCCUUCAACCACUGGCAGAUGAAUGUCAGUGGGACGGGAGGUCCACCCACACCCGUUUCUAGUCCUACCAGCGGAGCAGCACGGCGGCCCAGCCAGGACUUCCCCGGCUACAUCUUGGCCAUCUACAGCUCCAGACAGGUGAUGGUGGAGCAGGUGGAAGCGACUGCAACUACGCUUGCCGAUGCUAUAAUCCUCCUCACGGAAAACAAAGGCGAAAGACACGAGGGCCGUGAGGGCAUGACCUGCUACUACCUGACGCACGGCUGGGCGGGGCUCAUCGUGGUGGUGGAGAACCGCCAUCCCAAGUACUACCUUCACGUCUCCUGUGACUGCACUGACAGCUUCAAUGUGGUGUCCACACGCGGCAGCCUCAAGACCAUCGACAGCGUACCGCCUUUACACCGGCAGGUGCUGGUGGUGCUUUCGCAGCUGGAGGGAAACGCCGGCUUCUCCAUCACCCACCGCCUCGCUCACCGCAAGGCAGCCCAGGCCUCUCUGGGAGACUGGACCCCCACCAAGGCCACCCACAGCCCCCAACUCACCCCAGACAUUGACGGCCUACACCGGCCCAGGCCCCUAUGACCACCGCCCACUAUCUCACAUACACACAGACUCUAAUCCAAUUAACUGUCAGACCACUGGAAAACCAGGCAAGGGGGGCAAGCGGCAUGUUCGACCCUACAACAUGGAGCAAGAUGUGUAUUUUGUGUGUCUUCUUCGGAUGAACACACACCUGAAUGUAAAGCAGGAACGGGCAGCGUUUAUGUGCUCUCCUUUUAACGCUCCACAAAUGCUGAAGUUUUCAUCCGGCCCGCAUGCACUCUGUCCCUUGCCAAGUGGAUGUGCCAUGUCAGGAUGAAAUGAGGGAGGCGGGCCACAUGGAGUGACCAGGACUCACUCACAAAAAUGAUUUUUCAUGCAGGAGCCCCCCAACUCCAGGCACCUGAAAGGACCAGUUCAAACUAUGAAAUGUGGACAUUUUUGGUACAAGCGCUGUAUGUGGAGCAGAUGUCAGCCCUGAGUUUCGUAUGCUUGGAGACUACCCUGCUUUCCAUGAGUUUCGGAAAAGUCAGGGUGGAGUGCUGUAACUACUGAGCCAUUUACCGACCCACAACCUAUGAGCCAAUCACCCGCCCCGAUCAGACACUCCCCACCCCCCCCACCCUCCAUGUCGCCCGCUCCCUCGGACAGCUAACAAAGCGGGAGCCUUCAGUACGGUACUUGAUGAGCCAAACCCGACUACCAGUUUUCCUCACAGUCAUACAUGUUUUGUUUUUUGUUUUUUUUUUAAAUUUGAGACUUGUCAGUAUCAGUGUUACUUGUUUUAUACAUGACCUUUGUUGCCGUCUCAUCUGUUUUUUGUGCAUGUUUGAGGUUGUAGAAAAAGCCAUCAUCCAUACAGUACUGCUUGUCCCCACUCUCCAUCAUCACCGCAGUGCUGUCUAGCGCUCUCUCUAGCUCAGGACCAAACCCAUGAUUUGUACAGUAAGCCAGACUCAAGCAAAACCUCAAGCUGAUUUUGUGGCAGGUGUGUGGUGUCCAGAUAGUUGGAAUGGCAUCUUUAUUUAUCUCUGUUGUUCUGACUAGCCAGGUUCAUAUAGAGAGUAAUAUUGUGAUGCAGGUUUUUAUCUUGUGAAUACCCACAAACAGUAGAAUUCUCAUCCUAGUGCUUUGAUAGACAUAAACAUAUAAUAUUGGCUUUUUCCCAUACCGAGAAGCAACCACUGUACCUCCUUUUUUUUCCUCCCUUUAAUCCAUUUUCACUCAUUCCCAGUUUGGGGUUUGACUUGUGGAGGUGAGUCAUUACAUGACAAGCUUUGUAGUUUCCCCCUCAGGCUUCAUCCAGUUCACCAGUCAGUUUAUAUCUCAACACAUAAAUUCACACUCUCUUCACAAUGAUGUAGGGUGAAUUAAUGCUGCACCUUGCACUCUUGGAUUUUGACACCCCAAAAAUUUGUGUCGGAUCGUUUUGGUACUGAAGGUCAAUCGGUAUUUCUCACACUUCAACAGUUUGCCGGGGUGACGAUUUACACUUUUAGUGUACUUAGGGAGUACUAGAAGAGCUAGUGGCUGUUUGAACAGUCAGUUUGCCAUAGGGGAACUCUUAAGAGGAGCCGCUGAGUUUACUUUGGGAGGUCAGGGACCACUUUUGUUUGCUUGGGUGCAGCGCAAGCAUCUGGGCCAUCCUCCCACAAGAAUACACCGACAUCACAGUUGCAACAGCACGGAGUCCUCGUGUAAUAACAAAUUACCAUUUUGUCAGACUCCAUGCACACAUAACAAGAGACAGAAGAGAGCCCUCGAGACAUGUUGUGACACAGAAAGUAGUUUCGUUCUGUCGCAGUUUUCGGUCGGGCUGUGUCGAAGGACAGGUUGCCUACAGCUGUUGUUACGUAGGUCCUCUUGUAGCACCCCAUCAGCCUGUCCUUCCUUGUUUCUCCAGUGUCAAAGCCAUUACUCCUGUUUCAAGAAGGAUCUUACAGUCCUCACCAUGGCAACAUAGAUGUUUAAUUAGAGAGAGGGGUGAGACUAAUGCGGUACUAUAGUAACAGGAUGAAGUUGAUGUCUUACUAUUAUUUAGUGAAAUGGGAAAAAACUUGAAAGUAAAAUCCUUGGAGCACUCAUACUACAAUGAAUGAUUAGGGGAUUUUUUUUUUUAUGUUUUAUUCAUUUUGAAUCUAAACAUUAAAGUUCCUUCAUGAGAUGACUCAGUUUAGUACUUCAUCUCAGCGACCUUGAGUUAAACAGGUGCUGAAACGUGCCCGUCUCAUGGGCAUUUCGUCCCUUUUUGUUGGUAUUGUCAGCGUUGAUGGUCAAAUGGCAGCACUGUGUCCCGAUGCUUGCAGUCUUACUUACUCUGCACAACCACAUCUACCAGCUCUAGUAGGCCGUACUUCAUGACAUCUUCAGGAUAAUUUGUAAGAAAACUACAUGUAAUGUUUCUUUAAUGAAAUUGUAAAUACGUUUUCCAAAGAAACAUAAUGUAUAAUGACCACUUUCAACUGUCUGUUGGCCCUGUGUGAGUGUGAAUGCGUGGUCACAGCCAAGAAGCUGUGAAUUUAGCGUCUAAUUUAUUUGUGUAAGUGAUUUGCAGGCCUGUUGUCUAAUGAAUACUGUUGAAUACUGAACUGAUGAAUGACAGAUAAAGGAAUGUGAUAAUUUAUGGCUUUCGUUUGAGCCCAGAGGGAUUUAGCUCAACAAGAAAUGAACCUGCACUGAAACACCUGCAAAGACAAGGCACCUCAAAAAUUCAGUGUCACUGCUGGAUCACUUUACAUUUACAUGAGAUUGAUUUUUUUUUUUUUUAAUGUUUUUGUCAUAAUUGUCACUUUGGCUCUUGCUGGUGUCCUGUGAACCCAAUCCUCUCCUGUUCAGUUGUGACGGUGACCCCGCCAUGCAUAAGGGGCCCCCCCUGCUGCUGAAGAGGCAACAGCCAGAGAUAAGCUAGUCAUUCACAGACUAGCCAACACGCCUUUUCUCUCUCCUCUCCUUUGUCUGGUCCCCUCCUUGUAAAUUGUAAAGACUGCAAACUUAAGCCACACAAAAGAUAUAAAAUGGGGGCGGGGAAUCAACUGACUCUUUUAAACUUGUACAAAAUAAAGAAAAAAGUAUCAAAGUAGUAAAAAAAAAAACAAAAAAAAAACCUAAUGCUGAAAAAAUGGAACUCUGACGAAUGUGAUAUAUAUUUUAUUGAUCUUUUCUGGGGGGAAUAUGAGUACAUGUGUACAAACAUGUAUGUUUAAUUUUCAAUCUCAGGUUCCAAUGGACCAAAUAAAUUUUUUUUAAA